UGGAUAAGCAUUGAGAAGCAAAUUCGAGCAGUGAAUUUUUAUCUAUAGGAGUAGAUGAAGAUUUACUGAAAGAUUAUGUGCAAGGGUUUAUCGACCAUCAAAAUGAAGGAACUUGGAACAAACAUCGCCUGAUGGACUCAAGUUACACCCUAAAGAAGAAUAAGUCUAAAAGACUAAUGACUGAUGGUAAUCAGCAAGAGACGCAAGCCCUAGAAUCAGAUUUCUAAGAACUUCUUUACACCAAACAUCGAUAAUUUCAAGAUGCAAAAGGCUGAAUGUCCUUUGGAAGAUGAUUCCAUCGACGACCUAAGUGCAUUCUCUUUUCAUGAUCACACAUUGAGCACUAAUGUGCACAUAAAUGAUUCAAAAUAAAUCUUCGAAAUUGGAGCAUCAUGAAUCAAACAUUUUUGUCAAGGUCAGAUUAAGUAUUGAGGUGGAAGCCCAAGAUGAAGUCAACUUCCCAACUAUGAACUCAGAACGUGCAGGUCGCCAAAGAACUCAAAGCCACUUCCAGCAAAUAAACAGUUAUCUCAAUCUGAAUCAAGAGUUAAAGAAAAAGAAAUAUGAUAAUGUCCUCAAUCAAAUGAAUGAUUUGUUCAGAAGAAGAGGAAUUCUGAAAAACUGCAGCAGCAUGGAAAAUGCUAUCAAGCCGAUAAUUAAAAUCCAGCACCCCAACGAAUCUUUGACUUCAGUCAGGAAGAGCAUUAAUCAAAUGAAGAAGGGAGAACAAAGCUCUAAAGAAAAUGUGUUUACUCUCAAGAGAAGAACUUUGAAGCCAUCUGAUCUCUCUGUUCUUGAAAAAGAAGAAAACCCAUUCUUGUCCAAGAACACUAAGUUUAAAUAAAAAGCAGAAAUUCAAAAAGAUGAUCAAGAAAUCUCAAAGAAAUCGAUCCAGAGUUUCAGAAAUUAGUGUGUCAAGUGAAUUUUCAGCAUUGAAAUUUCUCAGAAAUGAGUCAAUGAUCUUGAAAAAGAAAGCAAAGAAAUUAGUCCAAAAUAGGUCGAGGAGUAACAGUAAAUACCACAAGAAGGUAAAGAUACAUAACUACCAGGCUUCUUGUUUCAGAUUGAACAGCACCAGUCAAAUAUAGCUUGUAGAUGAGUUUCAUUGGAUCUUAGGCUACCAAAAACCCGCCAAAAAUCCUCCUUCAUAAAUCCAAAUACUGGAACAAUACUUCAAUAGAGA